AUGCUAAACAUCGACAAAUUUGACAAGAAAGUGGUGAGCCAGCAGGGGUUUCGUGCUGCGAUAGAAAGCAGGUUCCGGCUGGAGAUCUCCGACCCUGAGUUUGAACAGCUGCUGGACAGGCUGCCCCUGGACGAGGAAGGAAAUGUCCAGUACCUUCUCUUCAUGUCACCCUUCGACACCCGUGGAGGAGCCCCGAGUCUUUUUGAGAGCCAGACUGAAUGGGACAGGGAACCCACAAAAGGAGAUCUGGAGGACCGAGGGAGAGUGGGCCAAGGCAGGAGUGAUGCUGAGCUCUUUGCAAUAAUCAAGACCCUCGUGAAUAAACAGUACCAGGCUGUGGAGCGGGUCUUUGAGGAACUGGACGAGAAGAACACCAGACGCCUGACACAAGAGGCCAUGUAUCAGCUUCUCAAACGAUUUGACAUCCACCCCGAGGUUAGCAGGGGGGAGAUCCGAAGACUUUGGGGGACUUUGAUUACCAACCAAGACAAGACGCUGGAUUUCUUGCAGUUUGCGAGACACUUUGGCCACUCUCCCAAAUCGGCCUGCUUUCCCAACGCCAAGCUGUGUCCCCCGAAGAGAGGCGAUGAGGACCUCAGGCUUCGCUCCAGGACCCUCAACGCCGUCUCGGACAUUCUGGUCGACAGUGUCCGCGCCAAGGUCGAGUUCUUCUUCCAUGAACUGCAGAGUGAGUUUGAGGGUCUGGACCCAUACAGAACCGGGUUUGUGAGCCAGGAAGAGUUCAAGGACAUUCUGAUGCGUCUGUGCGUGCACCUUAACCAAUAUGAGUGUGACGUCUUGCAGCGGAAAUUUGACAUCAACCAUGAUGGACGAGUGUCCUACGUGGAGUUCUUGAAGCCCUUCGCCCUGCCGAGGCAGACAUGGAGACACGGGUCCAACAUGGCGGAAGUGCUGCACUCCUACAGAGCAUCGGACGGCUCAGAGGAGGAGAGGAGCGUCUCAGCACUGGGAUCCCUGACCGCCCGGCUGAGGAAGAAGCUCCAGGGAGAGGGUCGGACUCUCCGCAGAUCCUUCCGGAAGCUGGACGCCACGGGCAGCGGCUUCCUCUCCCCCUCGGAGUUCGGCGCCGUCCUCAAGCUCUGUAAUGUCGCCCUCGACCAGGAAGAGGUGUACCACAUCCUGUCCAGGUUCGACCGCGGCCUGGACGGCCGCGUCGACUACAGGAAGUUCCUCCAGGAGAUGCGGCAGAAGUCGCCAAAGCCAGAGCGGGCGUAGUGACGUCAUAGGUGUCUCCUGUGUGGCUGUCGUGUGUAGUGUUUACCGUGGUGAUCUUUUGUGUGUCCGCCAGUGUUAGCAGGUUAUUUGGUACAAAGCACAUUCUACAUAACAACCCAAAAGGUAUAAUCACGUCAAUUCACCUCUAUGAUAGCUGGUAGCUACUUUGUUGUGUGGUAGUGAGGUCAAAGGUCAGAAAUAUGUUGGUGCCUGUGGUAGCCUGUGGUAUUACUUUGUAUCAUCAGUGGACUGAUCACUGCUGUGAAGA